AAAACAGCAAUCCUAACUACAAUCGGUGUCUUGGAGGAGCCACUGGGGAACGCUCGUCUUCAUGGAUCUCGUCUAAUAGCUGCUCUGCUCCACACAAACACUCCCAGUAUUAAUCAGGAACUAUGCAGACUCAGUACCAUGAAUUUAUUACUUGACUUAUUUUUUAAAUACACAUGGAAUAACUUUUUGCAUUUCCAAGUGGAAUUGUCUAUAGCAGCUAUUCUCUCACACUCUGUGCAAGAGGGAAAAACUACUACUAAUGACCUAGAGAGCAAAGAAGAGGUGCUGAAUGGAAAUGUGGCCACAGAGAACUCAGAGACUCCAGAAAACAAUACCGAGAAUAUCAUGGUUACUCAUCUGUUCCAGAAAUGCUGCCUCGUGCAAAGGAUAUUGGAUGCCUGGGAAGCCAACGACAAGAUACA